AUGCCCUUCAAGAUCAACAUCUCCGACCAAGCCCUCGCCAGCAGCGAGGAAACCCACCAACUGCACCUCUGGGGCCUCAAGCCGCGAAACCAAGCCGAAGUAUGCCUAGUCUGCAUGAAGGAGAUCCCAGCUGACCAGCCUAUGAUCCGCUGCGCAUGCAAGAAUGCGCGCUUCUGCAGCACGAAAUGCAAGCUAUUGAAGCAGCCGCGCGGGGUCAAGAUCGACCUGUGCGAGAAGUUCAAGAUGUACCCUUACGAGGGCGAAUCUUUGCGGCGUGAUGUGCACCAACGGCCCAGCCCGAACCAUCGGCGCGCGAUUAUCUGUGAUCCGUUGAAGGGAGAGUGGGAGUUAUUCUGGAUCGAGGUGCAGGGGGAUAAGAUUGUGGUGGAUCAUCCGAUAUUCGACCAGUAUUUUGAGGAUAUAGGACCGGAGGAUGAGUGGUUGGAGCUGGCGGUAUUGUGGCCUUCGCAAACGGAGGAGAUCUUGCAGGCGAUGCAUAAGCUGGGGCACGGGGUUAUCUUGGGCUUCCCAACAAGCAUGAUGAAGCCGAUGGGAAAGGUCCACCCUCGCUGGGUCAACAGAGCAACCAACAUGAACACAAUCAGCGGAGACUCGAUAUGUCAAUGGCCUGGCCCAGUUAUUGCAUUCGCCUACGGUUACGACAUCAGCAACUACCUCAAAGUUGACCCGGACCAUAUCGAGGGCGUCACCGCUGGAAAGUUCCGGUUCGGCUUCUCCGAGGCCACGGCAUCUGACGACCAGCCAGAAGAGGGGAAACUCAUCACCACUACGGCUACAAGCACCAUGACCGGUGGCAAGAAGAAAAAAAAGAAAACAACAAGCAACCUCGUCUGGAAGUGGAAGAUCCAAAACCAAGGCACCUCCAUGGAAAUCCUCGACGUCAACCACCACGACUGGCACGUCCUGAUGUACUAUUUAGUCGGUACCCCCCUCAACCCAUGCCCUCCCCCACGCUUCUUCGAUGAGCACCUCCGCGGUAUCAAGAUAAGCUACCUCGACCACCCGGCCAACAAACUCCUCUACAUCGAAACUGAAUCAAAUCCUAACAACGUCAUCGUCAAAUCCACCAACCCACAUCCACCCUUCGACCCAACCAACCCCAAUGCUGUCUACGAACCGCAAGACCUCCUCUUCUCUUACGUAACCAUCCGCUUCCCAAGCGUCACUACCGUCCUCAUGGCCGGCGCCUUCGCCGUCGGCCUGCGCUGGUGCAUCCACUAUAACAUGCAGAUCAACCCACCCUUUCGGUACACCACACCCUCGGUCAGUCACCGGCGGCUAAUGAGUCUCAUGUGGGGCAUGACGCUAGAUGAUGCCGCGGGUUACAAGCCGGCGCCGAUGGCAGACUUCAGCAACACGAGGGACCCGAGUCUGCACCGAUUACACGCGAUGACGCUGAGGGGGCCGGGCGCGACGACGGAUAAUCUGCUGGUUUUUCAUGUGCGGGGGAUUAUCGUGAACGGACAUCAUGUUAAUGCUUUGCUGAAGUAUUUGGACUUUACCGACCCGUUAGAAUGGCGGCGAGGAGGAAACAAGGGCUUCGAGAACUACUGGAAGGUGUACGCCAAGACGCAGAGCAUCGCAAGGAAUGCGAACCCCUUAGGGCUGGACGACGAUCCGUAUACUGUCGAGCAGGUUCUUUGUGAUACGAUUGCCCUCGGGCCGGAGAAGUUUCUGGAGGGCACAGUAUCUAAGCUGGUUGAUGAGCCGAUCACCCCUACAGAGAAGGGGAUUAUUGAUAGUUCGUUGAGUAAGGCGGUGAUGGCAAGAGGCAUGGAGAUGCAGCUGGGGUUGGAUACGUGGGAGACGGAUGUAGUGCUGGAGGUUAUGAGUGGCGGAGAGGGGCCACAAGCUCAGACGAAAGAGAAUAGUUUGUCGAAAAGAGAGGCGAAAUCGUUGAUGCAUGAGUUGAGGGGGGAGAGGAAGAGGAUAUUGGGGAUGAUUCGGGCGUGGAGGAGGAGUGGGAAGGUGUUUAGAUCGAGAGCGACAGGUGAUGAAAAUCCGUAUGGUUGGAUCGGGAUCCUUAGCCAUGAACUGGAUAUCCAGCCGAUGCUACAUCACAUCGGUGAUCGAGAUCUGAGUCUUCUCACGGCUGGUCCCGUCGCCUAG